UUGCUCGCCAAGUCAGUUUUGCGUGUCAUACUUUAUAGAGAAAUUGCUGCCAGCAAGACAUACUUCUGACUGCAGAUUUUUUUUCAGAUUUACAGACCCUGUCUGCAGAUAUUUGAAAUUUUUACCUGGCAUCUCUGGAUAUAAAGUACAAAAAGUAAAUACAAUCAACGCAUCGGCAUCGGUUAAUCGUGUGAAGUUUUGAUUUUCCGUUGCUGUAUUUUAUUUCCCUACAAAAAUGGGCACGAAGCGUAAAAAUAUGGAAGACGAAAUGUCCAGAUUCGAGGCGGAGAUAUCUAAAACAGCGGCUGCUUUACCAACGAUUAGCAUGUCGAAUCCUUUUAUUCCUUCCCAAGUACGCACGGUGAUAGGUUCUCAGACAUACAAUCAAGUGCAGCAAAAGUUAGCCACAGCACCUACCCGUAUUCCACCUCCUCCGAUUCCUCCCUUUCUUCCUACCUACACGACACCGACGCAUCAGCUCAAUCCGGAGAAGUCGUACUCCACCGAACCAACCCCGGCCGUCGUCAGUAGUGCACCGAAACUAUACAAUGCCCGACCCACGGUGGGUACGCUACCUAAGGUUGAUGCUCCAGCUAGUAGUGCUGGUCCAAUUGGGCCAAAUAUAUCGUCCACUUCGGUGCAAUCGUACGAUAUUGCCAAUAUACAGUUUGAAGUGACCACUAAAAUCAAAAAGCAGAAAACUGAAAAAUCCGGUCCAAAUCCUAUUGCUGAGGAAGCCAUCAAAGCGGCAAGAGCAUCCUCAGCAUUACAGUCCUUUGGAAAUGCAGACCGUAGAGGAAAGAAAGAUCGCAAGACUGUCCGUGUUGCUGGUGGUCAAACGUGGGAGGAUCCGUCGUUGAGUGAUUGGGCCGACGAUGAUUUUCGUAUUUUCUGCGGAGACCUGGGUAACGACGUUAAUGAUGAACUGCUGACGCGAACCUUUAACAAGUACCCUUCGUUCCAACGUGCCAAAGUGAUUCGUGAUAAACGAACGAGUAAAAGUAAAGGAUAUGGAUUUGUUAGUUUUAAAGACCCCCAGGACUUUGGUAGAGCAAUGAAAGAAAUGGAUGGACGUUACGUCGGCAGCCGGCCCAUUAAGUUGCGCAAAAGUACUUGGAGAAACCGCAGUCUGGAGAUGGUGCGGAAAAAGGACAAGGAAAAGCAAGCACUUCUUAGCUUAUUUAAUCAGAGUUAAGUUUGUUUUGGAUGAAAGUUUGGAAAUUAUGAAACAAUCCUUCUGGUGAAAACGAGAUCCAAUCGAACAUUACUGUCUUUGUACAAGUGCAGUGGAUUAUGCUUUCUAAAUGCAGAUCAACGACUAGUGUGUAAUAUCGUAAUGAUUGAAUGGAUCGCGUGCUUCAUACUUACUUUCUGAGUGUGAUUACUGUUGUGGAAUAAACGAUAAACGAUACUGUUGUGGAAGAAAAUGUGAAUGA